AUGCUAACGUCGCGCAGGGAGGCAUUCAACGACAUCUACCUCAACCUGUCGCGGAAACCGGGUGCGACUCGAUUUUCCGACUCGGGAUUUGGCUGGAAGCCGGCGAAUGGCGAAACGUACACUUGCGACCAAUCACAGAUUAUCCAGGCGCAGUGGAGCCGAGCGUCGCGUGGGUACGAAGUUAAGAUCCUUUCUCGAAACGACGGCAUUAUACAGCUUGACGGGUUCAAGCAGGAGGAUUUCGACCGGGUUGCAAAAGUGUUCAAGACUUGGUAUGGCAUAAGCUUGGACAACCGCGAGCAUGCUCUGCGCGGAUGGAACUGGGGCAAGGCCGACUUUGGCAAGGCCGAGCUCACUUUCAACGUGGCCAACCGUCCUGCGUUCGAAGUGCCAUACACCGAGGUCUCCAACACCAACCUGGCAGGCAAGAACGAAGUGGCGGUCGACUUCUCGCUGCCAGCCGACAGCGACUCUGGGGCAAAUGGCCAGCUCGGUGGGGCUAGGUUCAGAGGCAAGAAAUCUGCAGGUGCGCGGGACCAGCUCGUCGAAAUGCGGUUCUAUAUACCUGGCCUGGCAUCAAAGAAGGAGAAGACGGAAGAUGGAGAAGAUGCUUCUGGAGCAGAAGACGGCGAAGAGACCAAUGCGGCUAAUCUGUUCUACGAAACGCUGAUGGAGAAGGCCGAGAUUGGCGAAGUCGCUGGUGAUACGUUUGCCACCUUCUUGGACAUUCUGCACCUUACACCCAGAGGUCGAUUCGACAUUGACAUGUACGAGAGCUCGUUCCGGUUGCGUGGCAAAACAUACGACUACAAGAUUCAGUUUGACUCUGUCAAAAAGUUCAUGGUUCUGCCCAAGCCUGACGACAUGCAUACGUUGAUCACGAUUGGACUGGACCCUCCUCUGAGACAGGGUCAGACGCGGUACCCGUUCCUUGUGAUGCAGUUCAAGCGUGACGAGGAAGUCAACCUUGAUCUCAACAUGAAGGGAGACUUGCUCGAGGACAAGUACAAGGACAAGCUUCAGUCACACUACGAAGCGCCCAUUGCCACGGUGGUGGCAGACAUCUUCCGGGGACUGAGCGGCAAGCGCAUUACGAGGCCAUCUCGGGACUUUAUCAGUCACCACGAGCAGUCUGGCGUCAAGUGCUCAAUCAAAGCUAACGAGGGCCACCUGUUCUGCCUGGACAAGGCCUUUAUGUUCAUACCCAAGCCGGCGACGUAUAUCAGCAUGGACAACAUCCAAUCGGUGACCAUGUCGCGUGUUGGCGGGGCCAUGGCAGCAAGCCGCACGUUUGACAUUACGUUUACAAUGAAGAACGGCAUGGCGGAGCAUCAGUUCUCCAACAUCAACCGUGAGGAGCAGCAGCCGCUGGAGAACUUCUUCCGUGCCAAAGGCAUCAAGACGAAGAACGAGAUGGCAGAUGACUCGGGAGCCAUCCUUGCGGCAGCGCUCCAAGAUGAGGAUCUGGCGUCGAGCGACGACGGAGCGCCGGCGAACCGGGGUAGUGCCGACGAGGAUGACGAGAGCGUUGACGAGGACUUUGAGGCGGACUCUGAGUCCGAGGUUGGCGAGGAGUUUGACUCUGACCAUCAAAGCAGCGGCUCCGACAGUGAUGCAGACAUGGAGGAUGCGGAGAGUGACGGGGCGGAGGCGGAAGCGGUGCCAGAACGGCCGAAGAAGAAGCAGAAGGUGUCGCAAUAG